GCCUCGUGAUACAGGUGCUAGGCGAACGCCAGAGGUGGGAGGUUCCACAUCUGUCCGAGCCCGUCCUCAAGUACAAUAAGAGCCAGAAAGACUCCGACAGAACCGGGCGACUUUGGGAGACAGAACAGAUAGCAAGCUCUGCAAUCAUGCACGGUUCAAAGGGAGGACAGGUAAUGAUCGGCGACCCCUCCGAGCUGGAAUGGGCUGUCCAGACACUGGUGAAGAAUUAUGACAAAUACGCCAGCAAAGGCGGCUGCUGCUGCUGUUGCAAAAGGCAGCGCGGAAUCACCAAGGGGGGCUUCCGGAAGAUGUUGACCCAUGAGCUCAACCACAUGCUGACGGAUACCAAGAAUAAACAAGCGGCCAACAAACUGAUCUGUGACCUGGACGAGAACCACGACGGCAUGAUCAGUUUCGACGAGUACUGGACCUUGAUCGGCGGCAUAGCCAGCCCAAUCUCGUGCCUGAUCCGACAGCAGGAAGAGAGCGUGAAGUUCACAAAGUAGAAAGCCAAUGGGAGCAAAGAUGUCAGCUGCCCCGCCUCCUGACGACUGCCGUAUCUCCAGUUCCCCCUGCUGGGUGGGUUGUGCGUGACAUGAACCAUCCAUAGGUCUUUGAGAUUUCUCCUCUUCUUGGUGUGACACUGAAGCCCGAAAGGACUGGGGACGUGGAUCUAUCUGUUUCAAACCCAUCUGACCCUGUUGGACAUCUGUACGGGAUACUGUAUCUGGAAGUGGGCGGUGGUGGUUCAGCAUGCGUUGUAUUCAAACUGUGAAUGCGGUUGCAAUAAAAUCUGGAGUCUGAAUAUCA